CUACAACUGAAGCAAAUAACUGAGUGGAUUGGACUGAGCGUAACUCCAGCUUUACGUAUAUAUCAGCCCUAACCUUCCUCUCAUUUCUCGCAGCUAGGGUUUCAAACUUUCACGGCAGCCUUCAUCGCAGUUCACUCCACCUUCAAUCAAUGGCUCGAAUCAAGGUUCAUGAGCUCAGGUUCAAAACAAAGGCUGAUUUGUUUGCUCAGUUGAAAGAUCUCAAGGCCGAACUAGCUCUUCUCCGUGUUGCCAAAGUUACCGGUGGUGCUCCCAACAAGCUCUCCAAGAUAAAAGUGGUGAGGACAUCAAUUGCGCAGGUGCUGACUGUGAUUUCACAGACUCAGAAGGCUGCUCUUAGGGAUGCCUACAAGAAGAAGAAGUAUUUGCCUCUUGACUUGCGUCCCAAGAAAACCAGAGCCAUUCGUAGACGUCUAACCAAGCAUCAGGCUUCAUUGAAGACCGAAAGAGAGAAGAAGAAAGAGAAGUACUUCCCAUUGAGGAAGUAUGCUAUCAAGGCGUAAGGUCAAAACUAUCAAGGAGGAUAUCUAGGUGUGUAAUUCUCUUUCCAGUUUUUUAUUUGUACGGUUCAUCAGAAAUAUGUAUUCGUUAGUUUGAUUGCAACGUUAGUUUGGUUGCAACGACAGACCUUGCUUUUUUUAUUUUAAGUACCUAUUUGACUUGUUUUUUGAAGGCAAUUUACAGUUGUUUCGUUGGUUCAUUA